GUCAGACAUUCAAAGUAACAUCACAGGAAGCUACAAAGUUGAGUCUGGCAUUCUCAAGCUUUCCACUGAUUUCUGCAGAGGAUUGUCAGAAGCUGAGUGAAGAUGUCCAAAAUGCCAUUCUUGCAGUUGCCACAGUGUACUACUGGCUCCCCAAGGGCCAAGGUACUACUCUUCGGAAGAUGGUACGAGAUGCUACAACUGAAGUAGUGGAAGGAAUGAUCCAACUCACAGAAACAAUUCUCAGUGCUUCAUUGGAGAGCUUGACUCAGGAACAGCUUAUAUCAACUGGUGGGGUGUGGGAGGCAUGUGAGCAUGUGUUCAACCUGCCACGAGAUAACCAGGCAGCAGUUGUGUCAGCUCUGGCUGCAUGUCUGGGUGUGGUCAAGGAUGCUCUGGAGGAGAUGGAACAUGCUCUGGUGGAAGGGCAAGACCCCUACAGUGACAUCAUGGAAGAUGAAGAAUUGGGCUUUCGGGGCAACAGAGAUACAUAUUGGUCAGAAGCUGACCGGAGGCUGCUUAGCUCCUGCAUGGGAUUGAUGAAGGCUUCUAAAGCUUGCCUGAAGAAGGUCUUGGGUGUAGUGAAGGCUUACGGCAAAGCUGAUUCUCCAGAGCAGAUCACUCAGCUGGAUGAUCUUGCAGACAUUGCUAAUGAGAUUAGUCCAAGUGUUGAUGAGCUGGCACUCAGCAUGUAUCCACCUAUGAACCAGCUGGCUGUGCGACUGAAUGCUGCUAAGUUGGCCUCGGUAUUAAAGAAAGUCUUAGAGAUUACAAAGACAAGCCAUGUGUGUCCACCAUCAGAGGAAGGCUGGGUGCAGUUUCUAACUGAUGCAGUAGAUCACAACAUGAACAAAAUCAAGAACUUCACACAGGGUCAACUUUAGCUCUUCUGUGUCUACACAUGUUGCUGCCACUGGCUCUGGUAUAUGCUUUUCCAGUGAUCUCCCUGUUCUCUGGUUACUGGGAGAAUGAUGAGAACACUGUUUUUAGGACAGAACUUUACUGUCACUUGGUAAAACCUUACCAGGAAGUUGCUUUUUGCUAUUGCUGAAGGUGUUGUUUUGCAUGGAUUCCUGAGAUAUGGUGUGGUGCUGCAUCUUAAUGCUGUGAAUGUGCCCCGUUCUUCAGGCAUUACAACUACUGUGGGGUUCAAAGAACAAUAAAAUAUUGCUAGAGUUGC